GAUCGUUUGGGCCUUGGUGUCAUUGAUAAUAAAUACGAUGUCGCGAUUUCAACUGCCUGUCCUGCAUUGAACAACAUCGUGGUUGAUUCUAUUGAACUUGGACAAACUUGUGUAGAACAUCUUAGAAAGAGCAAUUUAGUGACUUUAGAUGGCGAAUUGAUUGACAAAUCUUGCACUAUGAGUGGCGGAAGUACCCAAUUUGAACUAUCAAAGUUAGAGAUGUAUGCUGAUGCUUGCGUAAAAGUAUUACCGAUAAUGAAAGAGAAUAGUCGAGUUACGAUGAUACCAGGCGUAUGGGACAACUUCGAACACAAAUUGAUCAUCUUACACGAAUUGGAUAGAUUGAAACGUCAACCUUCUAAAAUUGAAGAAGAGAUUAAGAUUUUGCAAGAUAAGAUUUUGGAAAUUGGGAGUGAUAAACUUCGAGCUCAAAAAUUCUUAGCAAAAAAUGAACGAGAAUUAAAGAUAGAAAAUUUUACAAAAGAUAUUCAACAGAAAGCUAUUGUCGCACGUUCCAUUUGCAUUAAAGCCGAUGAAGCCAAAUCUUGGUUGUUUUUAGAUGAUUGCUCUUGGGAGAAUGCCGAGCUUGAAUGUUGUGAUAGCAUGGAUCCCUUUUCUGAAGGUGUUAUUUUGUGUUAUGCCGCCGAAAAAGAGUUGGAAAAAUAUUUCGAAUUUAUCUGGUGGAGAAAAGUAUUUGCUCUGCACCAUUUCAAAUCUACACUCAUAAAUGUUAUGGAUGAAAUUGAUGCGGCUUGGAUUUCGUAA